GUCGGGAAACACUUUGCCUCCAGUCAGACGGUGCACAUUGGUCCCCACGCACGUCACCAUGAUGUGUGUGGGUGGGAGCUGUAAAGGCAGUGAUCUACUUUGUCUUCUCUCCCACAGAUGCUGCUGGGCUCGCCUCGCUGUGAUGACGGAAAACACAAGCAGGACAACAGAAGUGUGGACGAAACCGUGGAUGCAGUGUGGAUCAUGUGUUUGUCGUCUUCAUGUGCUACGUUCGGUGGUGACCUCAUCUUGACUGUCUAGCUGGCCACUCUCUUGAGGUCAACCACCAGCUUGUUUGCAAACAAGAGUCGGAUCCUCUCAAGGAAGGCUUCCCCCCGCCCCUGAUGCAUUGAUGCAACCCUUUCAGUGGUGCAACGGCUGCUUCUGUGGUCUGACUCAGGACUAUUCCAACAAGUCGUGCACCAUGCCGCCCAUCACCUUCCAAGACCUGCCGCUAAACAUCUACAUGGUCAUCUUUGGCACGGGCAUCUUUGUCUUCAUCCUCAGCCUCAUCUUCUGCUGUUACUUCAUCAGCAAACUCCGACACCAAGCCCAGAGUGAGCGGUUUGGAUACAAAGAGGUGGUUUUAAAAGGUGAUCCCAAAAGGUUGAAUCUGCAUGGGACGUGCGCAGUGUGUCUGGAGGACUUUAAAGUGAAAGACGAGCUGGGAGUGUUGCCAUGCCAACACGCUUUCCAUCGAAAGUGUCUUGUCAAGUGGCUGGAGGUGCGCUGUGUCUGCCCCAUGUGCAACAAACCCAUCGCCGGCCCCCCUGAGCAGCACCACAGCAUCGGUACACUGCUGGAUGAACUGGUGUAACCUAGCAACCGCAUCCCGCCUUGGCUGUCGUGGUGGUAGCCACCAGCAGGAUGAAAGGACCAGUGUUUGGCUGCUACGAGGACACCGUAAGAGCACUUUGGGGCUGGCUGACCACCCAGAAAAAGACUGUGCCGAGGGAUGCUGUUGCCUGGCAACCCAACCCUGAGAUGGCAACACGGUGCCACCUUCUUGAUAAUCUUCAACCACCCACACGUCCCUGCUCCACCGGUCUUUUUUCCACAUCUCCCUCUCCGCAUAUCUUCAGUUCCCUCCAGUGAGGUCAACAGCUUUUUUUCUUUACAGCCAGGAGUGUUCUGUUGACUCCCGUGAGAAAGCUGAGACAUUUGCACGAGUGUACAUCUGCGUCACGUGAAGAAGAUGACCAUAAAGCACUGUAGCAAGGAUAUGGUAUAUUUGACCAAUGUGAAUAAGAAGAUAAGAGUGGGUUUUUUUCUAAAGAUCAUCUAACUUUAACUACAAAGCACACGCAUACACAGUAAUUCAUAGUGUUUUUAAUCAAUGCACACUUUUUAACCCUUUAUGGUGCAAGGAAUCAUAUUUGGUAUGUCAAAGAGGCAUCACUAUUAACCAUGUGAUCUCUCGGAGCCAAUCAUCAAAUAAAGGUAAUGAUAGUAUUGCAAAUACAUUUAUAAAAUAAUUUUUAAAAUAAUGAUGUCACCAAAUAAAUGUGUGGACAUAUUUUUAAAAUAUACUGACAGAAAAUUGUAUCAUUAAAUCAACAAAUAUUAUAAUAAUUGAAUAACUAUUAAAUAUAAUUUUUAAAACUGAUGUACUGAUAUCAUAAUUACAUUUUUGGAAACUGUUACUUGAGUAACUUCAAUAAUUGUAUAUGGUUCAAAUUGCUGUAUAAAGGGUUAAUACCACUUGUGUUGUACAUUUACUGUCCCCCAAUAUGUUUUUAUUAUGUUUACACACACUCACUGACCACAGUAUUACCUGCUAAAUCUAAUGAGCUCCAAUUCAAGAGCAGUAUCCGAAAUGAUGGCUUUAUAAAGAUAAUGCUUUAAUGUAACAAUAUUUAUUAUUGUGCUGGUAGUUUUCAGCCAGUGGUGUAGAACUGCACUGUGUCGCUUGUAUCAAAAUGUUACAACCAGUAUGAUGCAAUGCAGCUCUAAUUUCAUGCACCACAGCAUACUACAACCACAAUAAUACAUAUAAAUGAUAUGUUAUCCAUGCUAGGUUUUUGCAGUUCUAUUGGAUCUCGUUAGAUUGUGCAUUGUACCAAAUGAAUGAGCAGAAAUGCCCCACUGCAAUAGUUGUGUGAUUCUAUGUUGAAGUAUUUUGAAGAUUAAUGCACUUUGUGUUCAUAUAAAAGACCGUAUCACUUCGCUGGGAUUAUAUGGCUGCACAGUCUGCAGUAUUUUGUGACAUUAUUGUUGGUGCUUCUAUACAUUGUGAACAUUCCACUGCUGUUUUUUAACUAAAGAGUUUAAACUGAAAAGCAAAACACUGCCUGACCUGAGCACAAAACUCACCAAGCACAUUAAUAAUAACAUUAAUAAUAAAACGCCAAACAAGUUCCACAUUUUUGUAAACUAACUGAUGUAAAUAAACGGAAGCAACAAUAAAUCCACUUGUCUGUUUCACUCAGUUUGUUGACGUCCUGAUAUGUCGUAUACAUGUGGCGCCACCCUCAGGUCAGAUCUGGUACAAAAA